UAUGCAAUAGUAACUUUUAAGAAUAAUAGGCUGCCCUAUGAUAGUACUAUGGUCAGGUUUAGGAUAGCUUAGGUUGAGCAAUCAUAGAGCACAUUCUAUUGAUGCCCAUUUUCUAGCCUAGACCUCCAUCCAGCCGUUGACGUGUGGAUGUCCAAUCUUUUAGCCUAGACCUCCCGUCCAACCAUUGGUGCUUGCCUAAUCUUCUAGCCUCGACCUGCAGCGGUUGCGGUGCAAAUGA